AUGGAUAGAUUCAUAGCUCGUAUGAAGAAAGCUUCGGGUAGGAGAGGGGAAAAGACGCCUUCACGGAAGAAGUUAGAGCGUACGGGCGCCUUGAGGAACAUCAAUUAUGACGCCGCUUCUUCUUCUUCUUCUUCCUCAGCUGACGAUCUCUCCGUCUCCACUUCUUCUCUGAUGAUGACGCGCUCUCUCGAGGUAGAUCCAACCAGUUUCCGUAUCUACGGAAGAGGCGAUGGAGAGUUUGCUCGGAUUUGUAAGUCUAUUGGUCUCUCUGGCCCUGACGAUUUUGGUAUCUCUUUUGACGCCUGGGAAGCUUCUAAGAUGCGUUCGUCUUCAGAGGUUAUCAACAGGUUCAACUCCUUCGACCAUGAUUUGAGUGAAGCAGGUCCUAGUGGUGAUGCUAAUUCUGAGGUUGGAAGUUUGGCUGAUAGGGUUGUUGUAGUUGAUGAUACAAAAGAGAAGAAGCCUAGUCUUCAGCGGGUAAUGUCAAGAGGUUAUCUUAUUCCUAGUUCCAAUGAUGUUGCGGCUGCUGUUCUUGUUGUUGGUGGUGGUGGUGGUGGUGGUAUAAAGGGAGUGAGGCCACCUGUGCUUAAGCCUCCUCCGGCGCAUUUUGCUCCAGAAGAUGAUAUAGUUAGGCGGCCAAAUUCCUCUCCUUCUUCCGACGAGGGAGAGGAAGUGGAAAGGGAAAUGGAGGCCGGGCUUGUCGAGACUGUGGAUACAGCUGAUGAGGCUUGCUCAUUCAGUACAAACGAUGGUGGGGACUCCUCUAGUACAGUAUCCAAUACUUCGCCGGUUUAUUCUUCCGGGACUAUCAUCACGUCUUGGCUGAAGGGUGAGCUUCUGGGACGAGGAUCAUUUGGCUCCGUGUAUGAAGGCAUUUCUGGUGGUGGGGACUUCUUUGCUGUCAAGGAAGUUUCACUUCUUGAACAGGGAAGUCAGGCACAGGAAUGCAUACAGCAACUUGAAAGGGAGAUUGCAUUACUUAGUCAGCUUCAGCAUCAGAAUAUAGUGAGAUAUCGUGGCACAGCAAAGGAUGGGUCGAAUUUGUACAUCUUUCUUGAGCUUGUAUCCCAAGGUUCUCUUCUAAAACUUUACCAAAAAUACCAGCUUCCAGACUCUGUAGUGUCCACGUACACUAGGCAGAUCCUUGACGGCUUGAAAUAUCUCCACGGAGAAGGUUUUAUCCACCGGGACAUCAAAUGUGCAAAUAUAUUGGUAGACGCCAGUGGAGCUGUUAAGCUUGCAGACUUUGGAUUGGCAAAGGUGUCAAAAUUAAACGACAUUAAGUCCAGCCAGGGGACUCCAUUCUGGAUGGCUCCAGAGGUUAUUGCUCUGAAGCGUACUGACGGGUAUGGAAGUUCAGCUGAUAUAUGGAGCCUUGGGUGCACAGUUCUUGAAAUGCUGACUCGGAAGAUCCCCUACUACGAUCUAGAACCAGUAAGUCGUCAAGAUCUGGAAGUGGUGGUGUUUUAUUUGAUCUUUCAUUUUUAAGGUUAUUGUCUAUUUAUUUAUGAGUUUUCCCAGUAAAAUAAGAGUU